GGCGCGGUUUGUGAGGUUGGGAUUGGGAUACAAAUUCAUCGUAUCUCGGUUCUUCUUGUUGUUUGAGAGUUUAUUGAGGGAAUAUCUUUGUAUUUCUUGAUAAAUACACUUUACCAGCGCUCGGCAGGACAAAGCAGACCUUGACUUCGAUUUUAAGAUCGAAGAUAAACUGUCAACGAGACAGCCAGACCACCUCGAACGCAGCAAUCGCAAUCUACACCAUCGAUCUUCACCCAACCAACAAUACAAGAUGCAUAACCUACUCAUUCCCAAAAGAGGUCUCAAUACCCGCGAAGUCAUCGCUCUCUUCAUGAUGGUUUGCGCUCAACUCAUUAUUGGAGGCAUUGUGCUACAAAUUAUGUUAGCGAAUCUAGGUAUCGAUAUUAAUACCGAUAUUGAUAUUGAUACCGGUAUGGGGGUUGCCGAUAUAUUUUCCUUCAUCAAGGAGCCUUUUAAUCAAACUCUUUAUACAGCUAACAUGCAUAACGAAGACGGAGACUAUACCAUAGGAGAUGGAUCCAAGGCAGAUGGGGAAAAGGUUAGGGAGGAGGAUUUCAGGAUCAUGAUGAAUGCGUGGAUGGGGCUGGAUGGGAAGAUCACGGAGGGACAAAAUAAGAUUACUUCGACUUUUUUGUUUAAUGUUGGGGAAAUAAUCGGUGAUCGUAUUACUAGUCAUCGGGAAUUUGUUUUGGAGAGGAAAGAUUCUUUGAGUUGUGUUUUGUGGGAUAUAAUCCAGGUGGUUUAUGAGAUUGAGGAGGUUGUUGCGAUGGCUGGGUUUGGGGGUGAUGUUGAUGCUGAUACUGGGGCUGGUACUAGUACGACAAAUACUGGAGAAGAAACACCUCACCACCAACUACAAAAUAAACAUAUGGCACCCGAACAAAACAUCUGGCAAGUAACUACACAUCAAGAAGGAAAACCAACCGCAGUCCACAAAAUCGCAAAAGAGAAAAUGGAGCAAGGAGAUAUCGAGGGAGUUUUAAAAAUGAUUAGCGAGACUCUUCGAGGAUUCGAAUCUCUUCUCACGCAAAAAUUGAGGGAAGAUUUAAAUGGGACUAGUGGUGAGGGAAAGGAGAAAAUCCAGGCAGAGAUACAUAAGAUGGUGGAGGAGAAGAAGAGGAUGGUUUAUCGGGGUGUAGUUGUUUUUGGGGAGAUGCAGAGAGAGAUGGUGGAGAUAGAGGGGUGGAUUGAGGGGAUGAGGGAUUUUUUGGUAGGGGUUUGUGGUGAGGUUUUGGGAGGUGAUAGGUGAGAGGUGAGUUAUGGUCUUUUUCUUUUCUUCUUUCUUGUGUUUUGCUUGUGUUUCUUCGUUAAUCUUUUUCCUUUUUUGGUGUGGAGUUGAUGUACUAAUGAGUAUACUUCAGGAAUCGAUGUAGAUAUUUAGACUAAGACUAAGACUACAAUUUGAUAUGAUAUGAUGGACCUUUGAAGGAUUACGUACAUACAAUAACCACACAUACAUAUACAUACAACAGCAACAACUAUUCCAUUCCCCCAAUUUUCAAUAUUAUGCUCCAGCCACUCUCUUACCCUCGCAUACAUCAAUCAUCCAAAUCA